GCUAGUGUCAAAGUAAUCAGUGAAAAAGUUAAAAUUUAUGAGAAAAAACAAUGUUAGCCAGUGGCAAGAGUAUCGCUAGAUGUUUUAUAAAUAAACUCAAUUUCCAAUGCACAAUAAAAUGUUCCUCAGAAGCCAUACAUCAGGGAGCUUUGAAACAAUCAACUGCUCCACUUGCACAGCAAUCAUUUGGUCAGCCAACACCGCACACCCACCCACACCUUUUGAGAGAAAGAGAAGUUAUACCAGGUAUCCAAGUAGAUGAGUUCAUUGCCAGAAGAGUCAAGCUUAUGCAGAAAAUUGCAAAAUGUGCUUUUGAAAAGCAAACAGUUGCUAGUCCUCAUCUCGUAGUUAUACCUUCUGCUACCAAGGUUUACAUGUCAGAUCACAUACCCUAUGUCUUCCGUCAGAAUUCAGAUUUUUUGUACUUCACUGGUUGCCAAGAGCCUGAUUCUAUUUUGCUACUGACUGUUAAGGGUGACAGUUUCUCGUCAACCCUGUUUGUAAGACCAAAUGAUGCUCACAGUGAGUUAUGGGAUGGCCCACGAACAGGUGUCAAGGCUAGCCACUCACUGUUCAAAGUCGAUCAAGCUUUAAGCACUGACGAUUUUGAAAAGUACAUGUUUUCGUUGAUGAGCGAGAGCAAGAAUACUCAAAUUUGGUACAACAACGAGGAAAUCGCUCAGCCAAAGGUUCAUGAAAAACUUUUGCAGAUAGCCAAGCUUUCUGACAAAAACUUUAGCAGUCCUAAAACUUUGAUUCAUGAAUUGAGGGUAAUCAAGUCUCAAACUGAAAUAGAUUUGAUGCAAAAAAGUUGUCAAAUCGCAAGUUUGGCUAUAGCAAAAACAAUUGAACUCUCAAAGCCUGGGAUUAGCGAGCAUGAAAUAUUUGCCACUGUCGAUUAUCAGUGUAGAAUGAGGGGAGCUGAGUUUUUAGCUUACCCUCCUGUAGUUGCAGGGGGCAAAAAUGCCAACACCAUUCAUUACAUCUCCAACAAUCAAGUCGUUCAUGAUAAAACAAUGGUUUUAAUGGAUGCAGGCUGUGAAUUUCAUGGUUAUUCCUCUGACAUAACGAGAACGUGGCCCAUUAACGGUACCUUUACGCCAGCCCAGCGAAUUUUGUAUGAAAUCGUUCUCGAGGUUCAAACAGAAUUAGUUCGAAAACUGAAGUACAUGCCAAGCCUUGAUCAGUUAUUCCAGGACAUGUUUGCUCUUCUCAGCAAAAGACUGCAAGAGGAGAAUUUAUUACCCAAGGAUCUCAGUGGCAAUAAAUUAUUAGCAGCUGCAUAUACGUAUUGUCCACAUCAUGUCAGUCACUAUUUAGGCAUGGACGUUCACGAUACGCCCAAAAUAUCUCGAAGCGUUCAAGUCCGGCCUGGAAUGAUCGUAACGGUUGAACCAGGAAUCUACGUUAACGCGAAAAAUCAAUUCGCCCCACGAGAAUUUUACAAUUUAGGAAUCAGGAUAGAGGACGACGUUUUGAUUACCGAAAGUGGUCCUGUGAAUCUCACUGCGAGUUGUCCAAAAGAAGUAGCGGACGUUGAAGCUCUUGCACGUCUGAAUCAGACUUAGCGACCUGAGAUUUGUUUGUAAAAUAACAUGAACUUUGUUAAUGAUGAGACUAUAAAUAUGUACAUAUGUGAGAUUUUGUUUUUUAAGAUCUACAGAGAAAACAAACUAAUGGUUAAUGAUUGUAUGCAAAA